AUGCAUGCCCUGCCCGACAGCUUCAAGAAGAUCAACCUCGCCAGGCCUGCCCAGGGUGAUGCCGGUGAUCGUCCCGAACAGCUGGGCAGCAUCGAGCUGCGCGUCUACCAUGUCAAGGUCACCGGACUGAUCGCACGCACCUGGUUCGGCUCGAGCCGUCAGCCCGCAUGGGUCGACGAAGCGGCACUCAAGGAGAGGAAGAAGUUCACCGCGGUACCGCUCGAGCACCGCAUCGACUUCGACCGUCAGCGCAUCAUUCGACCGCUCCCGAGUUGCCAGUUCUCGUUCGAGUACGUCACGAACGACCCGAUCGCCACCUUCAAAUACAAGUACGCUUCUCGAGAUGUGCUCGAGGCCAGUGGCAUCCUGCCGCAAUUCAUGGCCGCGGUCCCGACGGGCAACUUCCGCGCUUUUGCGUUGCAGCUGCAAGCGUCCAACACUGAGCUGAGGGAGAAGAUUGAGCGGCUCGAGGCCAGGCUGAACGGCAUCAAGCAGGAGUUCAAGGCCGACGUCCCUAAGGUCAUCGAGUGCAUCGACCUGACUCAGGACGACGACGACGACGACGACGAUGCUGAGCGAACGCUUGUUGGCUCGAUCGACUUGACCCGAGACGACGACGGAGACGACGAUGGCAGCGCCAAGACGCUCAGCAAGCGAAGCACUCCCUCGAUGGCUACCAUGGUCGACGGCGAGGCCCCCCAGUGCAAGCGCACGAGGCUGGAGGAGGAUGGCCCGGUCGUCUGA